AACGCCAUAGUUGCGAUCUUCUUUUGUCCGUGACCAUUUUGAUCUCCACAUGUGAGUUUGGUUUUCUGCCGCUGGCAAAGUGAAAAAGUGCUGCUAAAGUCGGUGUGAUACGGUAAUUGCUGGUGUGAUUUUGAAGCCGCUGCGUAGGAAAGAUCUUCAAGAUCGUCACACCGCCGAAAAGAGAUCCGUGUUUAUACAACAGAUCCUGUUUGUAUAAAUCGUGUUUCGUCGUCAAUCACAAAGGGCCGUCAACCGAAAAGUGUCGCCGGCUAGCUCAUCGACCGCUCGCUGCUGCUUACUUUAGCUUACCACAAAUAACCCGCAGAAGUUAAUCAAACCAACCAAGCGCAGCAAUGGCAGAAAUGGAGGACACCCACUUCGAGGCCGGAGAUUCCGGUGCGUCAGCGACCUUCCCGAUGCAGUGCUCGGCGCUCCGUAAAAAUGGUCACGUUAUGCUGAAGGGGCGUCCAUGCAAGAUCGUCGAAAUGUCUACCUCCAAGACCGGCAAACACGGACACGCCAAGGUACAUCUGGUCGGCAUCGACAUCUUUUCCGGCAAGAAAUACGAAGAUAUUUGCCCAUCUACCCACAACAUGGACGUACCACACGUUAAGCGCGAAGAUUACCAACUUACUGACAUCGAUGAGAACUACUUGGUUCUUCUUAAUGACAACGGCGAUUUACGUGAAGAUCUUAAGAUUCCAGAGGGUGACCUGGGAAUCCAACUGCGCUCCGAAUUCGAUAGUGGCAAGGAAUUAGUUUGUACCGUGCUCAAAUCAUGCGGCGAAGAAACUGUGAUUGCCAUCAAGAACAACACUGCUGCUGAUAAAAACUAAUACCUCGCCCGUUGCUUAUUAUAACAUCCCCCGCGAAUCACAUCCACACACACAACACAAACAAACACACAGAAAGAAAUAAUAAAUAGAAAAUAGUUCUGCAAACCCCAAACUAUAAAUGCGCUACUCAACAAACAAACAAAAACAAGAGGAUACUAUAUUAUUGUCGGGGGUAUUUCUCCCCUUCUUCUUCUGUAUAACAACAACAACAAAAAACAACAAGGCCAGGUUGGAGAAAAUCAAACACAAUUUACACAGACACUCAGAUACACACACAAACACGCAGUUACAUCUCUUAGUAUACAGCUAUUAUUACAAAUUAAAGCAAAGGAAUAAUGAUAAAUACUUUCUGGUGAAAGUAAUAAAAUUGAGGUGUGGAAAUAAAAGACCAUCAUUAGUAAGAAGCAGCAGCAGCAGCAGCAGAAAUAUACAAAACUCAAAUCAAUAAGCACGCGAGAGUCGAGUGAGGAAGAAGGCAAGGCAGGCGACGAAUGAAUCGCACAUUCGCGCACACACGUGUAAGCGAGCGACAAACAGCAAGAGAAAAAAAAACAAUCCAUGCCCGGGAGCAGCGAGAGAGAGAGAGAAAGAGAAAAUACCGUUUCACGUUGGAAUGAACAAGACCGAUGCAGAGAGUGAGACAGAAACACACACACAGAGAGAGAACUAGACAGCGUUACAUUUCCCUUUCUUUUUUCUUUUUUUUUUUGUAAAAUGCUACAACUACAAACCCAACAGUUUAAAAAAGGCAAGAAAAAUCGAAACACACAUUAAUUAUUAUAAUAAAUUUAAAAAAAGGAAGAAAAACCAAUAUAAUAUAAUAAAAAUAUUAUAAUAAUUUAA